CUGCUGUGUUGUGGCUGUGUGUGCGCGAAGGAAAAUUCCAGCAUUUUGCAGUGCGUUGGAGGGAAUAAAUAAAUUCCAUUAUAAUACCACCGUUUCGCCACUGACUUCAUUCGCCCACUCGAGCGGCCAUCGAAGGUGCGCAUGAACGCACAUCCUGGUGAAUGUGGCUAGUGUGUAGUUCUGGGUAGAACAAACCCCCCCCAAAAAAAAAGGAAUCCUUUCGUAAAUUCCGUCAGUGUAAAGUUCGGUGUCCAUCAUCAGCUGAUAUGGAGAUUGUGACAGCGAAGCAAUGUGAGGUUUUGUUUACCUGCAGCAGCAGCAGCAGCAGCAGCAGCAAGGAUAAGAGAAUGUGGUGAUCAGAUUGCGUGAAACGGCGUGGUACAUACACACAUACACAUCUGCGUCGGAUGCACCAUUGAAGUGCAUCAAUCGUGAGCUCAUCGUGCAGUUUGGUUUGAUUUCCGUUCAAGACGUCAGCGCAUUACCGCACUUGACCCGUCGUGGGAGGGGGUGGCAACACAACACAACACAAAACACCCGACACAAGUGCACGUGGGAUAGAGAGAGAGAGCGAGCGAGCGAGAGAGAACAGGUGGAGGAAGGUGAAGAUUGUGUGAAGUGUGCUGCUGUUUGUUCUGUGUUGCGCCAAACGUUGUGGUGAGGUGGUGUGUAUGUGGGUGGGUGAUCAGCAUUAGUCGGAUUCCUUCUGCAGGAAGAAGCCCUCCAAAAGGCCCCGCUACCACGUCGGAGGAGAGGCACUUAGUGCCUGAAGCGCACCGGGUGUUUGGCGUGAAAUUUGCGUAAAGUGUGGCUAGCUCUCGGGAAGGAGGGUGGCAUUGAAAGGUACCGAGCGAAGUAGGAAACGGUGAAGGAAGGAAACAGCUCAAGUGAUAAUUAUUGAUAGCGCGCAAAGUGGCCCCCGCUGCUGAGCUGUGCGAAGCUGGAAAUCGAAAGGGAAACGGAAUGAAACUGCUCGCGCAGAUAAUUCCCCUACGGGCGGUGGUGCUGUAGUGUGAAGGAGAGGCAAAUCAGAGGGGGGGGCUUUUUAAAGUGCGAGCGUACGAGCGAGAUGCAAGAUAGGUAAAGAUUUGUUACGUAGUGAGAACACGACACGACACGAGAAAGAAUAAGAGAAGGGGAGGGGGUGAGUGAGUGAGUGGCCAAGGGGUGGGUUGGUUGGGUGAGUGUUUCGUGCACAUGUUGUGCGUAUGUUGAGACAGCCCUGCACAAACACACAUUCAUACAUACAUCGCGCGCGAGAAAAUUUGUGUCCGUGUGAGUGAGUGUGUGUGUGUGUGUGUGACUACCCGCGCGAGAGAGAGAGAGAGAGAGCGAAAGAGGAUGCUGCGAAGAAUUCGCCAGCAAAGCAAGCAAAGCCCGAACAGCAGCAUCCCCAAGGCAACAGCAGCAAGACAAGUGUGACAAGAAGUUGGCUGCUUCACAUCGCGGUCGCCGCCGCUGUCCGCAUUUGUGUGUUGAUCUCGAAGCGUUUGAUUCGCUGGGUCGUGUGUCGACGGCCACCGCAGGCCGAAAAGGGGAGAGCGAAAGACCCGUGUGUGAGCGCCACAGUGUUGUCAAAGGUUUCGCCGAGUGUUGUUGGCCGCAAAAGUUCAGAGUGUAGGUUGUUGGUGUGGUGUGGUCUUUCCCUUCGCCUCCGUGGCGUUAUCGUUGUGUUGUUUGGUUGUUUGGCUGUUGUCAUUGGCACACUCCGAGAGUGGGAAAAGGCUGAUUUUUCACGAUGAAGUUUGGCGCUGAAUUUCCCGUCUAGCGGUUUCAAACAAAAGGACUUUUUUGGAAAGUGAUGUACUGGACUCUUCAAACUCUGAGAUAAGCGCAACGUGCUUGUGUGUCGUCUUAGUGCUGCAACGCUUCCACCAAGUGGUCACCGAUAGUGCAUUCUAAAUGCGCCUGCAUGGCAUAGAGACGACGACGGAGUGCCCGAACCGCGAGUGCCACACGUCAGCGUAACCGCGCACAAUAGCACAACAAAGGGGGAGAAGGGGGCACAGUAGGGCGCCCUUGAUCUUGACCCAGGAACACAGCCUGUCCCCAGGUGGUCACACCAGGAAGGAGCUUUUCAAUUGCUGCACAGUCCAGCACGCGCCCUAGCCCUAGCUACUAGCAGUAGUGGGUGAUGCGGUAUCAUUAGUUCUAGCGGAUUUGCGGAGUAGUGUAGCACACUAGUACUUACACACCAACCUGUGCCAUAAAGUAGAGCAAGAAAGACAACACUUUUAUCCGGUGGAGACACCGCGCGGAAGAGAGAGAUAGAGAGAGAGAGAGGAGACAGUACGCAACCUCUUCUCCACAACCAGAACCAGUGUCGGGCAGCGUUCAGUUACGGCCGAACCGCCGGACGUCUAGAUUGCGAACGGGAAGCAGCCAGAAUAGCCGGCCCAGAGCAUCACACUCACGAUGGGACGGAAAAAGAUACAGAUUUCCAGGAUAACGGACGAACGGAACCGGCAGGUGACGUUCAACAAGCGCAAGUUUGGCGUGAUGAAGAAGGCGUACGAGCUGUCGGUGCUGUGCGACUGCGAGAUUGCGCUGAUCAUCUUCAGCAGCAGCAACAAGCUGUACCAGUACGCCAGCACGGACAUGGACAAGGUGCUGCUGAAGUACACCGAGUACAACGAGCCGCACGAGUCGCUGACGAACAAGAACAUUAUUGAGAAAGAAAACAAAAACGGCACGAUGUCGCCGGACUCGCCGGAACCGGAGGACAGCUACACGCUCACGCCCCGCACCGAGGCCAAGUACAACAAGAUCGACGAGGACUUUCAGAUCAUGAUGCAGCGCAACCAGCAGCUGACGGCGGGCGGCGCCCGGCCGAACAUGGCGACGAACAGCUACUCGCUGCCGGUGUCGGUGCCGGUGUCGGUGCCCGUGAUCGGCACGUACAACGACUCGAUGCUGCAGAGCAGCCCCCAGAUGGCACACAAUAGUAUUAGUCCACGGCCCUCCAGCUCCGAGACGGAUUCGGUGUAUCCCUCCGGCGGUAUAUUGGAAAUGUCAAACGGCUAUCCCCAUUCGGCAUCGCCCCUCGGUGGAUCUCCCAGUCCCGGUCCGAGUCCAGGUAUUGGCUCUCAUCAGGCGCAUAACAAUAACAAUAACUCCCAUAACACGCAUAACAAAAAGUUCCAUUUCGAUAAUGCAGUGCAAACGAUCAAGCAAAGCCCGUCGGGUGGCAGUGGCAGCUCCGGUUCGCGGUCGUUGCGGGUAGUGAUACCGGCCCCGAUGAAUCCGACCAUCACGGCAGAUGACAUUUCAUACGUGGAACAUACGCGGCAACAGACGAAUUUAAACACGCCGGUCGUGGCACUGCAGACACCGAUACCGGGACUCACCAACUAUACCACCACGCUCGGCUCGUUCGGUGCGCAGGACUUUUCGCUCAACCCGGACAUCAUGAUCGGCCCGUGGAGUGCGGCAUCCAGUCACAGCCAAAACACGUCCGCGGCAGCCGCAGCCGCCGCCAUGGGCAGUCUCCAGCACUCGAGCGGUUUGCCCCAUCUAGCUGUGUCGAACAGUACGCCUCCGCCGUCGACUUCGCCCCUGUCGGUGAAGAUUAAGGCGGAACCGAUCUCACCGCCCAGGGACCACCACAACAACUCCCACCAUCACGGUGGUGCGCCUGGUGGUGGCAGUAGCAGCGGGGCAAGCGGUUCGGCACCGGGCGCAAAUGGCGUCCAGUCGGCGAGCGGUGGCGGUGCGUCCUCCACGGCGACGGGUGUCAAUGCGAACAGCGGCAGCAACAACAAUGGAAGCGGCAACAGUCAGCAACAGAACGGCGCCCAGCAGCUGACCGCCAUGGGCAAUGUGGUUGUGACGGGAGGUGGAGGAGGUGGCGGCGGCGGUGGUGGUGCGGGGACGAGCUCACUAGGAGCGAACCUGAACCACUCCCACCUGAUACAUUCGCGUCCUUCCUCGACCGGCCAUCUAACGCCGACACCGGACUCUUAUAUGCCUAUCGGUGGGCACCUGGCAGGUUCCGUGACGCCAACGAACGCACCCUCCCCGGUGGACAUCCGGCAUCUCAGUACCGGCGGUAGCCAUCUGCCCGAGUACGACACCCCCACCGCCCAGGCACAUAACGGCAAUCGUGGAGCGGACGGUUCGGCAUGCUACCUGGAUGACAACUCAAACCACGUGGUGGUAAUAUCGGAUGCGGACGGUAGCAAUACCAGCGACGGCGGGAUGGGCAGCAGCAGUGUGGCCAACUUUACGCAUAAGCUUCACCAGCAUCUGCACGGUCACGGUGGCAGUGCGCACCAGUAUCAUCAUCAUAAUCUGCAGCAACAGCAACAGCACCACCACCAUCAGCAGCAGCAACAACAUUCGUCCCAACUCUUGCAUCCCUUCUAUAAUCAACACCAUCAUCAUCAUCAUCAUCAUCAGGUGCAGCAACAGCACCAUCAUCAGCAGCAGCACCAUGCUGGAAGCAGCGGCAACAACAGUAACCAUGGCUACUCGAGUCAGCCCACGUCACCAUAUCACAACCACAACAGCAACAGCAGCGAACCGAAGCAUCUGCAGGGAAGUCAUUCGCCCUCGCCGGGUGUAACGCCCGGUCCGUCCGGUUCCGUUGACGGGCAGUCGCAGGCAAUAGCGAUGCAGCAGCACUACUGAGGUACGCCCGACCGACCGUGCACCACCGAGAGCUUAAGCCAACACCCGGCACACAGUGUCCACAGAAGACAUGAGAUAUUAUAGUUACUGAAGUCAAUGGUUGAGGAGAAGUCAUUAUCGUUAAGCAGAAAGUAAAACAGAGAGAGAGGAAAGAGGUUACAGGAAUCGCUACACUUGCCCGUUGCUGCUCCUACGUUUGGGAAGCGUUAGAGUUAUCGAUGAUUGUAAAACGUCAAUUCAAGGCACGAGAUUCAUUGGGUAGAAGAAUAGUAGAACGCUGGCAAGAGAGCAUGGAAGGAUGCGUGGAUGCGGGAGAUGGAGCCGUGAAAAACCUCGCGAGAACGUUUAUCUCUCGCCAUACACGAUCCUUCAAACAAUUCCCUUACGAUUGUAUAAGUUUGAGUGUGCGUGUGUGUGCGUGUGUGUGUGUGGUUGUAUAUCUGUAUCUGUAUGUGAGGUUGUGGCCAUAUUGUAUGUUCUUCCCAGUGACACAUACUACACGCGCGUGUCCAAGAGGAAAGGCGAUCGCAACGAUUGGUUUCACCGCUCGCUCGCUCCAAAUGCUCAGCGAAUCUUCCAGCUUAUUGUGCGCGGACCACAGAGGACGGGUCCCGCUUCCCAACACCCACCAUCCCCAGCGUUGCAUGUUGGAUCCUCUACUUUCUAUCUGGAUGUGACGGUGUUUGUUAGCUUUUCAAAAAUCUCAUCGUUCACCAGCCCUAUUCCGUGCGCGAGAUCGGUGUAGAUUGAUGUUGACUUGUCAGCAGUCGCAGUCGCCAGCAGGGAGACGCAGGGUUACAAAUUGGCAUUACUCCCGAGCCAAACAUAUCAAACAUAAUAUGAAGCUGACAAACGAUUCAAAUUGGCCCCACUACUACUACUACUACUACGACAAUGAUCGUACAAAACUAGUAUAUAAAGCUGUGUGCUCCUGGUGUUGCCAAUUGUGAGGUAGAUGAGGAAAAGAAAACAACAACCAUGAGAUGGAAAGAAACGUCUAUACAAAGUAUGGAAAAGGAUGAAUAGGGGAACACAAAACAAUAUAAUUACCCAAAUGCUACAAUCAUCCAAGCUGUAAAUUGUAAAGUGAAAAGCAUAAAACGGUGAGGAGAAGAACCCAAAUAGCUAUUUCAAAACUGUUGAUUUGCUGCAAUUAGAGACAAGGAACAAAUAAGCGAGAGAGAAAAAAGCCCGUCUACGUAGUAGGAAAUAGGACUAGAUAUUUCAUGUAGUGCAAAAACAGAAGAAGAAGAAGAAGAAGAAACCAAGGAGAAAACAAAACCAGCGGUGUGCAGAGCAGCAACCCGAAUGCGAAGAAAGAGCAUGGUAGCAUAAAACGUACUAAAGCAAAGCAAAGCAAAACAAAAGCGUAAAAAAAAGAAAAAAGAAGAAACCUAGUUUGUGUGCCAUUAAUAGGAUAACGUCUCUGUAUAUUUUACGAUAGCAAAACAAAAAAAGGGUGGAAAAGUGCGAAGAAGAACAAACACUGCAGCAUAGUACAGAAAGCAUAUUAUGCUGCAAAUAGCCGCCGGAUGGUGAUGAUGAUGAUUGUGUAUGAUGAUCAUGAUCGGAGACAUGUCGCAGGACAAACAAUUUAGCCUUAGUAGUAAAACAAAACAAAAACAAAAAAGUCAGUCAAAGCGUCGGUCAGGGAAGGAAGGAAGGAACGCUGGAAAAAGGGGUGGAGAGUAUUGCAGGCCACUCACAUACACACAAUGUCUGUGUCCGCCGGUAGAUAUGUAAUACCGUUUUCUGUAUGUUGUGUAGCUUAUGUUUUUUUUUUGUCUUCAUUGUUUGUUAGCUACGUUCUUUUCCUCCCUCCGUUUGCUUACUUCCCUCACCCGGUUUCAUUUUCUUAGUUUUAUGUACGGUUUGUUCUUUUUUGUUUUAAAAACUCGUGUAGGUACUAUUUUCUUAUUGUUUAGAAAAGAACAUGCAAAAACACACUACAGACAGACACCAUUGUCACACAGACGAUCAGACAAACAAACAAACAAAAAAAGCAUCCAGAUCAGGGGGUUCGGUUUGGGAUGUUUCGCUGCUUAGGCAAAACCGGCAAGCGGAACGAAACGCGUUGAAACGACGCAACACGCGCCUCGGUGCAAGAUAGUUUUGUAAGUUUUUGAAUUUGUUUUAUUUGUUUUACCGCUUUCACGUUCAAAUACGCUGCGCUCCCUCCCGCUGCGCCAGUGGGUGUGAACGCAUUGUGUCGCCGUAUUCGCUAGCGGAAACCGCCAGUGCGUGCAAUAGUAGAAUCCCUUAGUAGUAGUAGUAGUAGCCUAGGUGGCUAUAGUGUGUAGUAUGAAGGUAGUACAAGCACUACCGGCGAGAGUUGGAUAAGAUAUUUGGAAUUUGGGGGGGGGUGGGAGACACGGUGAAGCAGCCGGACGGGGUGAGAUCAGCUUAGGUUUAGGCUAGUGCUACAAAGAAUGAUAUUUAUUUGAUCUAUUACUCUAUUAACUACUACCGUGUAACAGCAAAGUGUUAGGGGCUACACCCGUGUUUGCCAACCGUGUUUUAAACUCCUUUUUUUUCUUAAUCUGAUUCUAUCACAUUGAACCAUCCCCCGCUUCAUGUGUGUGUGUGCGUGUGUUGCGCUGAGUUUUUGGAGUGAUGUACUCCAGAAAAACAUCCACUAAUUUCACUUUCAUUCGUAUGAAAUAUUGUAUAUUGUGUAGGAACGAAAAACGAACAGCAGAGACAAACAAACCCACACACUUAGCCAGCGAAGAACACGCGCGUGGCCACGAUCCAUUAGACAAGGGCGAUUAGAACGGAAGAUGCCGGUUCGUGUGCGUCUUCCAAGCAAAAAACAAAAAAUGGCAAUGCCGAGCGAAGAUGGUCCCCUUGUCCAGGGCAUGCACGUGUACUGGAAGAAAGUGUGUUGCAGUUCAGCGGUUACUACUGACUGUGCUGCUAGUGCUGCUGCUGCUCGUAUACUUCCGCGUAGGUUGAGAAUAGUGUUUUCUUCCUUUCCAGUCAUAAUAGUUUAUAAUAGUUUAAAUAGGUUUUUUUUUUCUUUUUGUGUGUGUGAACGCGUCACGAUGCAUCUCGCUCCCAAGCAAACGGAUUUAAAGAAAAAAUGUGGCAGAACACGUUGAAAAGAAUGUGAGACAGUAAAGAUUGGUCUUUGAUUUCUUGAAUAUGAUUUGUUUGUUUUGUUUUGAUUUUUCCUCCUUGUUUUGUAAGUAUCUUGUUUUUAGCCAAUUGUAUUUAUUAAUUUACUUAUUUAUCGUUUUCAGUUCAUAUCCGUUUCAAAAGCUCUCUGUGCGGACACACAGCUGCCGUAGGGAGAAAUGCUUUCAAAUGUCAAUGCUAACAUGAUCCCACCACAGGCGGAAGGCGGCACAAGCGAUACAGCGUGUUGAGUGUGCAACGAUUUGUGUAGUCAGUCGGUCGGUUGCUCUGUAGUAGAACGGCCAAACGAGAGGGAGAGAAGAUGCCGUGCUCGGUAGGUAGAAAAUGGCUGACUGUACAUUAUUACGCAGCAGGGGUUGCAUUAUGCUUAGUGAAAACAGUCCCAACCGCUCUAGAAUUGCGUACAUUGCGCAGCGUUGUCAAAAAGAAUCCCUCCAGCGAAGAUCGAAGUUUACCACUCAGAAAAAAAAGAGCGAUUGGGGAGAGCAUAACAUGGCACAAAUCAUAGCAAACAUGGCGACGGAGUGACAGUAGUGGCAAGAGAAAAACUCCGAAACUAUCCGAUGUUUUGAUAACCCCUGUUUCGAGUGAAUGAUAUGUGCGUCUGUGAAUUAGUGUGUGCGCGUGAAUGUGUGUAUGAGUAUUCGUGUGUGUGAGAGAGACAAAAACAGGAUGGAAAAAUUGCUCAUCAAAUUAACCAGAAAUGAUGAAGAGGUGCACCGUAACAGUGUGCUAGAGGAAGUAGUAGAGGACAAACUGUUUACUAUCUACCCCACCCUGCUGCAUCUGCUCUCGAAACACCCCCCCUUAUUUUGUUACGGUUUAUUGCACCUUCCUUCAUCCCGUUUUCAAAAUUCGAUGGAGUCGGCAACAUACACAACACACAAAAACACAAAUGGUAAUUAAAACAAAAACACAAAACUGGCGCUGUUUUUAUUGCAGCGAAACGAUAGCCAAUUCAUCUUCCAAAAACUUUCACCACGGCUACCUAAGAUAAAGGAAGAGAGAGAAAGAGAGAGAGAGGGAGAGAAUGAGAGCCAAAAGCGGAGCUCCAACACCUCCCCUCCCCCUCCUCCCCCACUCACUUGGAAAGAUGAAAACAAUAAGCAGAAGCACGAUUCGUCGAAAUUUGUAUGAAUGUUAAUUAUUACCUCCACUUUGUAGAUGCCUUAAACACAGUGCCUAUGUACAAAACAUGAAGAAAUUAAGAAGAAAAACAAAACAAGAAAAGGAAGCUAACAAGAAGAAGAAGAAGAAGAAGCAAAACACAGGCCCCAUAACACAGCGGAAGCGUAACUAGAAUUGGAAAAUGGUGAACAGAAAAACUAAUUUUCCUUUUUCUUUGGAACAAAAGCGUACCGAGGGAAGAGGAGAGCACAAGAGUAUGGAACAAUAUUUACACCUUUUCCUCAAAAUAACUCUUGUUGAUCCCGUUGUGUUGUUGCAAAAAGGAUAUGAUCCUACAGAUGGCUAGAAUAUUCUAGUUUUGGGCAUACACGCAAUCUCCCACCCCCCUCCCCCUUAACUCCUGCAUCCCCCCGUCGCAGUCACUUCCUCCCUGUCCCAAAUUAAACCUGUGAUUUUCAAUGGAAGGCGGCAAUCCAUGAGAUUGUGUUAUCGUUUGUUAGAUUUUGCCACCAGAUGCCACCAAAUCCUUCACGGGGUUGCUUAAACAGGGCUUAAACAGAGCGUUGAAUCUUUGAUAUUCAUAUUUGUGCAUUUGCUGCCUGGCUGAACCAAAGGCUGUAGAGAAUAGUUCAAAGCUCCAUACUUUUUCAUGUCCCCCGUCGUUGGAUGGGACCGCACUGUGUAGGUCCUAAGACAGAUACGUCUAACACUGAAAGAGAAUUCACACAGUUACCGUGCAAAAAAAAAACAAUGGGAAUAAACACAAUAAACUCAACAAAGUGAGCAGCACACGAAUCCACACAAAAGGAAGCAAAUGUCCGUUUUGAUGAUAACGCUUCUCAAACCAGACCAGCACCGGCGGUAGAAAGAGGAAACGGAAGCGUUACAAAAGCUUCAAAUCCACUGGGCAGAGGAAGGCACUGCACACAACAAACAAACAAACAAAAAAAACC